AUGACCAAUUCUGAAGUCUCUAAUGGCAGUGGGCCAACUCUAACUGCCAAUAGGGGUGCUCCACAUUCGAACCAGAUUCAUGCUGUACAACUGCAACAUCAACAUCAACAUCAACAGCAACAUCAACAACAGCAACAGCAACAGCUGCUAAAGCAAAAGAUUGGUCUUCGUAAUUAUCACUUUGCAUCUACUAGUGAAGAAAUACUACGGAAAUACACAAAAUACCCUGCAUCAUUAAGUUUGCAUAUCUUCGACAACCACUAUCGAUUCAAUAACUCACAGGAUUCACAAAUCAUACCCAAGACUUCUCCUAUGAUAAAAACUUUUAUGAGCCAUGUGUUAAAGGAGGAGAUUCCUGUUGAAUUGAGUGAGUUGUUGAAGGACUUUUCGAUCAAGUCCUAUGAUGGUUGUCUCAUUUUGCAGGUAUAUGACCAUCGAAAUAUGAUUAAAACUUCAACUUACAGAGCAAAUGCAUCGCCAUCAAAGGAUGCAAAGCAGUCUCCGGCAAUUGUGUCAAAACCAAGGACUUAUAGGAUAUUGCUUAAACCCACACCACUUUCACUCUAUUACGAUCUAUUGUAUCACACCGAUUCUGCGUUGACAAAAUUUACUGACACUUUAUCGUUGCAGAUGGAGUCCGAAAUUUUAGCCUUGACUAAUCGGGAGUUAGAUCUUUCUGUUAAGGUGAACCCCUACCAAUAUGAUUACUUGAAGCCUGAUACCAAUGAAAUGGGUAAACAGGAAAUGGGUUAUCCACAUAGGGCUGGGGUUAAUGUUCCUCCCCGCAAAAUUCACCAAGAUGAAUUGGUUUUGCACAAGUCUUCCGAGUAUGAAGAGUUAAUGUUGUUGUUGUCAAACACCACCAGGCGUUUUGAGGAUACGCAGGAUAAAAAGCUAGUUGUAGUGCCACAAACAAUGCCGAGUACCUCAAGCACUCUGUCAAUUGCUACUCCCCCCACGAAAUCUGGAAGCAAGGAAAGCUCUGUUGGUGCUGAAUCCAAGGCUAAAAAGGGUGACAAAGGUCCAAGUUCAUCUGCCAUUUCUGCGUCUGUUGCUAUAUCACUGAAUCCCGUCAGAACAACUGGUCAGUUUAUGCGAUUAAGAUUGAUUGAGGAGAUCCGUAAAAAGCGGGAAAUCGAAAAGAACCAACAAGAAGCAAAGAUACAUGCGCAAGCUAAUUCUGUACAAAACGAUAUGGUUCCACUGAGUGGUACUGCUCCGCUUCCGCCUGAUCCCUCCGUAGCUACGGCGAACAGUUUAAGUCACCCUCUUACUGAAGCUCAGAUUGGUGAUAAAAGACAACAGCAAAUGUUGCAACAAACCGGAAAACGUGCCAGAAAGGAUACAAAGCAGAGCCCUGCAUCGGGUCCAAUUAUGCGUGCUGCUGGUCCAACAGUGCCACAAGGUCUACUGGGAUCUCAAAUACCCUUUAUUCCCUCAAACCCCAAUUCACAAAUGCUGUCGAUGAAUAAUACCCCUUUGAUGGGAAAUCAAGGUGUGCCGCAACAGCCAAACAUUAGUCAAGCACCGACACCACAACAAAUCCCAAGAGGACCUCCUAACAUGGGACAGGCUGUCUUGCCGCAGCAAAAUCCCUCACAACCUCAAUCCGCAGUUGGACCUCAGAACAUGCAGCAAUCACCGCCACCACAUUUGCAACGUGCUCCUAACCAACCAUCUUUGCAACAGCAGCAACAUCAACAAAUUUUCCAAGGCUCGUUGACACCAGAAGAGCAACAAGUUUAUAAACAAAUUCAGCAAAAAAUGAAUGCAUUGGCUAUGAUGAGCCAAACUGGUGUGGCUCCCAACGGCCAGCAAUUGACACCACAGCAUAAACAGCAAGCGAUGCAACAAGUUAAGGUUUUGCAACAACAACUAUUGCAAAAGUUCCCUGUUUAUUUCCAAAGGUUGAAACAGUUUCAGCUUUAUCAAAAGCAAAAGCAAUUACAGCAGCAGAGGGCUUCUGCGACUGGUGGUAGUGGAAGCCCUAACUUGAAUGGACAAUAUAGUAACAACAUGAUGCAGUCCCAACAAUCAGCGCAGCAGCAGCACUUUGCUAACCAGCUUUCUCAAGGCGCUGUACCUUCAAUUGCAAACCCUCAACCGCUAAACUCCGGCGUCACUGCUCAGCCUGCUGUUGCAGAGCCUAAGAAAAAAAGAGUGUACAAGAAGAAAGCAGCAAAGUGA